GCCUGAGGAGAUUUAGCUUGCUUCAUAGUAAACCCCUCAGGAAUGUGAAGCGAACUGAAGCUGGUAACUUUAUUUAAGCCUGAGGAGAUUUGGCUUGCUUCAUAGUAAACCCCUCAGGAAUGUGAAGCGAACUGAAGCUGGGUAACUUUAUUAAAGCCUGAGGAGAUUUAGCUUGCUUCACAGUAAACCCCUCAGGAAUGUGAAGCGAACUGAAGCUGGGUAACUUUAUUUAAGCCCGAGGAGAUUUAGCUUGCUUCACAGUAAACCCCUCAGGAAUGUGAAGCGAACUGAAGCUGGUAACUUUAUUAAAGCCUGAGGAGAUUUAGCUUCACAGUAAACCCCUCUGGUGUGGUCCAUAUGUAACAUAUUGUGUCAUGUCUCGUACCAACAGAGAAGGCAGAUGACAUCCCAGGCCCAGUGAUCUGGACUGGAGAGGAUGAUUCUGUGUUCCUCCGCUGGCCUGAACCCUCGUCCCCCAAUGCACUCAUCCUCAUGUAUGAGAUCAAGUUCAGACUGGGCACUGAGUCAGAGAAGCAUGAGUGUGUGUCUCGCCAGCUGUAUCGAGAGCAGCAUGGUGCCAGGCUCAGUAACCUUGGACCUGGUAACUACUCUGCCCGGGUCAGAGCCACCUCCCUGGCUGGCAACGGGUCCUGGACUGAACCCAUCUCCUUCUAUGUGGUACAGGCCCAACGUUAUGAGAACUCUCUCUACAUCAUGAUCUUUGUUCCCAUGGUAGCAGUCCUGAUCAUCUGUCUCCUGGCCUCGUUCACCAUCAUCAACAGGAAGAA